GGGUCAGCCGCUGUAACGCUUCCCGUCGUGGCUAGUUUGUUUAGUUCAGCUAACGGUUAUCUUAGAUUAGUUUGGUUUUGGUUAAACUCAGGAAGAAACAGGACUUCAUACUGAGCAUGGUGUUAAUCCCGGGGAGGAGGAAGAUCUCAGGACAUCUCAUAAACUCGACUGUUUAGUGUUUUAUAGCCAGAAAAUAGCAGUUUAAGUCCAGCAUUAGCAUUAGCAUUAGCAGUCGCAGUGCAGGUGAAGCUGUGAGAUUUGCAUGAAGCCACUGAGAGAGUUUUCACUCUGGGCGUGUGAUGGUGACUUCCUUUGACUAACCAAGUCCUCGUCAUUAUGAAGAUCCAGCAUGUCGUCCUGGUGCUCCUGUGGAGUGUGUGCGUGUGUGUGUGUGACAUCAGCAGCAUUGCGAGUGUCGUCAAGACAAACGACCCUGGACGCUGCAGUUUGUCCCAUUGUCCUCCUGAUAAAUCGUGUACACGAGUGUAUUUCUCUCACAGCGACUCCACCUGCAUUUUCCUGACCUGCAGUAACGACACGUUGUGUGAUGACCUCAUCGCAGAGCUGGGAAGGAGAGCGCAAAAGGAAAGACGGAGUCAGAGAAAAGGGUCUGAUCCUCCCCGAACCCCUCCACCAACUGCCCCUUCUGCCUCUACAUCUGCCUCCACUGCCCCUUUAUCUCCUCCUGGUCCUAAUGGAGAUCAGGGUUCAGCCGGUAACGCUUCUGACUCUGGCUUGAGCAGCAACACCAGCAGAACGUCUCCUAAUGUAGACCUGGGGCAGAACAGCUCCUCCAGGGGUGGAGAUCUGGGGCAAUCUUUAAGGAAUUCCACCCAAAUCAGUACCCAGCCAAAUGCACACCAGGGGCAAACCCUGAACAAUUCCUUACAGAAUGGACAACAGGGGCAACCCUCAGACCACACUCCUUUUACCCCUGCAUCAGCCUCACAACCAUUUCCUGUGGCAUCUGUGGAGGCAGAGAACAUAUCAUCUAUUUACGAGAGUCACGAUGGAGCGCAAAUGAACAAAACUGAUCAUGAAACAACGACGACAGCUACCAGCUCAUCAGCCACAACCACAACUGCAACCACAACUGCAACCACAACUGCAACCACAACUGCAACCACCACCACAACUGCAACCACCACCACAACUGCAACCACCACCACAACCACCACCACAACCACCACCACCACGACCAACAACUCUCCAGUCAAACCUGCAGUUCCUAUUAACUCCACACCAGCGACCAACUCCCCCCUUACCUCGACGACAGUUACCUCGACAACCACUAGCACCACCACAACAACCACCACCACCGAGAGAGUCACCUCACCUCCGUUCACCACCCAAAAACAACCCACAUCUACCCCACCACCGGCACCUUCUCCAUCCCUCGCUCCACCAGUUCUACCCUCCGUCAAUCCUUCCACCCCUUCACCAGGGCAGAAUCCUUCCACAGUGCCCCCCAGAGUCCCAGAUGUUACCUCCAAUCAGGACAAAGCCAUAGUGGAAACAGCCGGAGGAGAGUUGACGAGUCACCUGGUGAACACCAGCUCCCUCAUCGCCGUGCUGAUCUUCGGCCUGCUGUUCUUCAUCGUCACAGUCAUCCUAUUUCUCAGACACGCCUACGAGAGCUAUAAGAGGAGGGGCUACACGCAGAUGGACUAUCUCAUCAACGGCAUGUACUCCGACUCAGGGCUCUGAACUCUUCCGUUUACACUCCAAUAAGAAAUGUAUUCCUUUUUUAUUUUUUUCGAUUCGGAAGUGUCAUGUCCUGAAUAUUCUGAGUAUCGCUGUCAGUGAGGGCGCUGUGUCUGGAGGACUGAAGUAGAAAAAAAUAAUAGAAACGUUAAUCUUUAAAGUAAACUCUGUAACUGGAGAGCUGGUCAUUAUAGCGGGUAAGAAAAGCAGCACAAGAGAGAACGAAAAUAAAACAGGAACAAAAAAGGCAUAAACAAAUUAAAUGGAGGAGAAAUGACUGUUUUUAUCUAGAACAAAAAAAAAGGUAAAUUUACAAAUAAAAUGUGAACAAAACAAAACAAAAAACUAAUGAAUAUUGUAAGAUAUGAUAGGUAAAAAUAAUCUGUAAAAAAAAAUAAAAAAGGCAGGAUUCAACAUGACAAUAAUGAGCAAUUUGAAUAAAAGCAGAAAUAAAAAAAAUAGUGAUACUAAAGUAACACGAAACUGAAAGAAGAGAAUAAAAUUAAGUGAUAAUGACAUUUUACAAAAAAGUAAAUAUUGAAAAAGUAAAAUGACAUUAAAGAACAACUUGGCUCCAUUCAAGCGUAACUGAGGACGUUUACACGGACCAAAACGAAGCAGCAGAACCGGGCCUGAUCGAACCCAGUCUGGAGUGGAUUUAAAGACGAACGUCUACUUCCGUCCUCUAAACUGCCUAAUAUUAAUGUUGUGUGUUUGCAGAGUGGAGUAAAUCCUGAACCAUUUCACUGAAUGUAUAACUUUUUUUUAUAGAAAUUAUUCAUACUUUUUCUUCUAUGCAGAUGAUGUUAAACUGGUCUUUAAUCUCCGGAUCUAUCGCCAUGUUAAAGAACCUAAGGUGCAAUAUAGAUUAUUAUUAUUAAUGUUAUUAUUAUACAUAUUUUUUUCUCCUUUCUUCGUCUUCCAGGAGCGACUGACAGUCAGGUUGCACUAGUUGCCUUUUUGCCGUCGUUAUUAGAGCGAGUUAUUAACCGAUGCCUUUAUGUUAUAAUGUUUCCGCUUUUUGGGUUCGGAUCCGAUGCCAAAACACAGCCACUGAGGCACCGAAGCACAUUAACGAGAAGCCAAGGGGAGCGCAAAGCCAUCGCCAACUUCACCGCAGGAUGUGUGUUCGUGUGUGUGUGUUUGUGUCCGGAGAAGUGGGAUUCUUCUUCUCCUGUUUAAUUUACUAUAUUUUCCUGCAGGGGUGAACAGGACAAGCGCAGGAUGCGACCAUGUUUGUGCCAAUAAAACAAAAUCAUGUCCAAUUAUGCACUUUUGAAAAUAACGAUUGUUUACGCUGCAAAUGAAAAAUUAUAAAAUAAACACAGAACAAACAGAUUGUGAUUUAUCUUUAACUGAUGAAAUAAAAAGCAAAAUUGAGUAUUUAUAA